AUGUCUAGCGGGGAAGACUCAACAGCUCAAUAACAUCAGCAGCGCAGUGAAAUCUUGAAUAGAUCUCACCACUAUAAAAAGAGUUCUAAGAUUACGAAGCAAGCCUUUAAGGAAUUAUUUGCCUUUGAAGAAAACGAUAGAGACAAGAAGCAACUAAAAAAGGAUUUCAAAAAGAUUGAAAAGUAAAACAAGGGACAGGUUAAAUUUAAGCAUUUACUUGAUUACUAUCUAUCUGGAAGUGAGAACUUUGGAGGACAGAUGAAAGAAAUCGAUUCAAGAAAAAUACUUGAGGCGCUAGAGAGCGAAAAUGAUUAAGGGUUUAAUGAGAGACUUUUGAAAUUAAUAUGUGUUAACUAAGCAAUAAUGAAGUUUCAAAAAGAACUUAACAAUCUUCAAGAAUUCAAAGAGGACAUCUUGAGCUCAUUGUAAUAUAAACUUUUCUUUAAUGCUUUAAUGCUUAGUGAUGAAGAAGAUCCCUCAGAUAAAUUAUAAAAUUUCCUUAGUACUAUGAAAAUUCAGUAGCAAUCAAUUAUACAAGAGAAUCAAGAGUUUGACAAGAAUAUUCAGCAGAUUGACAUGAAACUGUAAAAUAUGAUGACAUUCAUGAAUGACUUUGCUGUCAAUUUCUAAACUUCACUGAGAGAUACUAGUACUUCAUUUAGACCAUCUUCCAGUUCAUACUCCAUGAGACCUUCAUCAUAGGGCUACAGAGCAGGGCUGCUAACUACUUAAGUGUGGCCCAAAUCAAGAAUGCUUUUCGCUAUUGUAUCUAAGAUGUCUAAAGAGGGAUACUUGAAUGAGCAGUAGAGAGGUGUGCUUAAAGAUCUUAUUCUAGAUUAUGAUCAAAGACUCCUUACAUGCUUGCAAGAAUAUGAAAUUGGUGGAGACAGAGAGAAACUUUACUAUAACUUGAUAUAGAUUGCAAAUGGUUGA